GCAUUAUCCAGUAACAAGUCUCUACGUUAUAGUAUACGUAUUAGUUGUAUGCUAUUGAGCUGAAGAUAUAAAAACACAUCGUUCAGUCGUCACUCGUUCUUGUACCUCAUAAGGCGAUAAUUUAUAAGAAUUACACGUAAAAUGCGAGCUCUCGUUUCUGUACUGGCAAUUGCCGUAAUUGCCACCGUGUCCGCUGAAGUUUUCUUCGAAGAAAGAUUUUCAGAUGAUUCAUGGGAAAAGAACUGGGUAUACUCAGAGCAUCCCGGCAAAGAAUUCGGAAAGUUCAAGCGGACUGCUGGAAAAUUCUACCACGAAGAAUUACAAGACACAGGUAUCCAAACAACUGAAGAUGCUAGGUUUUACGCUCUCAGCAAAAAGUUCAAGCCAUUCACGAAUAAGGACAAGCCAUUGGUUGUCCAAUUCACCGUCAAGCAUGAACAGAUGAUCGAUUGCGGUGGUGGCUACGUGAAAGUAUUCGACUGUUCAUUGGACCAGAAGGACAUGCACGGAGAGACACCAUACCUUCUUAUGUUUGGACCUGACAUUUGUGGACCUGGAACCAAGAAAGUUCACGUAAUCUUUAACUACAAGGGAAAGAAUCUGUUGAUUAAGAAAGACAUUCGUUGCAAGGACGACGUGUACACUCACUUGUACACUUUGAUUGUCAAACCAGACAACACUUACGAGGUUCUUAUCGACAAUGAAAAGGUUGAGUCUGGAGAACUUGAAGCCGACUGGGACUUUUUGCCACCCAAGAAAAUCAAGGACCCGAAUGAGAAGAAACCCGAAGACUGGGAUGACCGUGCUACCAUUCCCGACCCAGAAGACACCAAACCCGAAGACUGGGACAAGCCUGAGACUAUCCCCGACCCUGAGGCCACCAAACCAGAAGACUGGGACGAUGAAAUGGACGGAGAAUGGGAACCACCAAUGAUCGACAACCCAGACUUCAAAGGUGAAUGGAAGCCAAAGCAAAUUGACAACCCAGCUUUCAAAGGACCAUGGCUCCAUCCUGAAAUCGACAACCCUGAGUACGUUAAGGACGAAGAACUCUACAAGAAAGACGAAGUCUGCGCCAUUGGUUUCGAUCUUUGGCAAGUCAAAUCUGGAACCAUCUUCGACAACGUUCUCAUCACUGAUGAACCAGAAGCCGCCAGCAAAUUUGCCGAAGAUGUUUGGAAACCAAACUUUGAAGGUGAAAAGAAAAUGAAAGAAGCUCAAGAUGAGGCUGAAAGAAAAUCAAUGGAAGCGGAGAAACCAGAAGCCCCAGAAGAGGAUGAUGAUGAAGAUGAUGAUGAUGCGGAUGACGAAGACAACACCGUACCAGAAGUUGAGGAGCACGACGAAUUGUAAAUAAAAAAUAUGUCGCGCGUAGCAUGAGAAGCAGACUGUAUUCCAGGAGCUGUUGAGCAAGAAAAAGACACACCAGCUGUUUCCAACACUACACAAUCCAUUUAUAAAAUAACUUUAAUUAGAAAAAAAAAAAAAAAAAAACUUAGUAAUACAUUCUCCUCCGAUUUUCUUCAGUAUAGUCUUCGCUUUCACGUACAAUUUCCAGUAAAAAAAAAAAAAAAAAAAAA